AUGAGCAGUAACACGCGGUAUCUCGAUGACGACGAAGUAGAGUCUUUCUUGAAUGAACUAGACAAGAACAAGAAUAGCUUUAUCGAGUAUGACGAAGUAGAACAGGGCCUGGAUCGUGUGCACGAAGAGAUUCAACCAGACGCGAAGCCACACAAUCUGCACCACGACAGCAAAGAUGAAGCACGGCACCAUUUCCUGCGGACCAUCAUCGGCUCCAAGGCGCAGCGCAUCCCGCGGGCAGAAUUCGCCUCCCGUGUGCGGGAAUGGAAAGUUCCCUCGAUGAAGCAGGAAUCAGAGGAUGAGAAGCACGAGGAGGAUUUGCUCAAGUCUAUGAGCAUCUGGCGCCGUUUUCGGUCCUACUGGGCUGUCAGAGGCCCUGAUAUCUUGUUCGUGGCGCUGGUGAUCUCAAUGCAGCUUGCAUUUGGACUCUGGCAGCUGGUGAAAUAUGUCACUGGAACGCAGUACACGGCAGCAUUUGGCUGGGGCGUUGUACUCGCCAAGACGUGUGCUGGAGCGCUUUAUCCGACUAUGUUCUUUUUACUGUUGAGUAUGUCAAGGUAUUUCUCGACGUUCAUGAGGCGUUCAACCCGAAUUUCACGCAUUAUCAACUUUGACUUGUCGCAGAAGUUCCACAUCCGUAUUUCGAUCGUUGCAUUGUGUCUUGCAACGCUCCACGCCAUCGGCCAUUUGAGCGGCUCGUUCAACUGGGGCAGUAGACCCGAGAACCAAGCUGACGUUGCUGCUCUGCUCGGCCCCGAUAUGGUCCCCCGGCCGUACGUAGAAUACGUCCGCUCUCUGCCUGGAUGGUCAGGCAUUGUGACGCUGGGUCUCCUUUACAGUCUGUCAAUUCUAAGUAUUCCUCAAGUGCGAAAGUGGAACUAUGAGGUAUUCCAGCUGGGGCACCUCCUGAUGUACCCAAUCAUCGGGUUGUUGUGCGCGCAUGGCACCAUGGCACUGUUGCAAUGGCCAAUGCUGGGGUAUUUUCUCGCAUUUCCAACGUUGUUAAUCCUGGUCGAGAGAGUGGUUCGUGUGGCCAUCGGCUUCCACAAGAUUCCCGCAACUAUUUCAAUACUCGACGAUCAGACACUCGAGAUCAAGGCCACGAUACCGAGCGAGCGACUUUGGAAGUAUCAGGCUGGUCAAUACGUGUUCCUCCAAGUCCCGAAGGUCAGCUUCUUUCAAUGGCAUCCAUUCACCGUGUCGGCAUGUGUGGAGCGAGAAAUGUGGCUUCAUAUCAAGGUCGAAGGGAGUUGGACAAAAAAGCUGAAAGCGCUCGGGGGAGAUAAUGGGACACGCCAGAUAGAUAUCGGCAUCAAUGGUCCUUUUGGUGCGCCUGCCCAGCGAUUCUAUGACUUCGACCACACCAUGAUCGUAGGCGCGGGCAUAGGCGUCACGCCCUUCUCUGGCAUCCUGAUGGACCUCCAAACAAGAGACAACCAGCUCCAUGGCGGACCGGACACACUCAGCGGCCUGAAGACGGGACCGGGAGAUCGACGCCUGUCUGUCGCUCCAACGCAAUAUAGGGUACAGUCACAAGCAGAGUCUCAAGUUUCGAACAGCCGAACUCUUUUAGACUCAGUGGACGGCGACCACUCACCCCCAGCAUCGAAGCAGUUCCAAAAAGAGAGCGCGAGCGGCUCGUCAUCUGAUGACCCCUAUAGACGCGUCGACUUCCACUGGAUGGUGCGAGAGCGCAACCAGCUACUCUGGUUCUCGGAUCUCCUCAAUACCGUCUCCCGCUCUCAGAUCUGGCACCACCAAAAUGACGACGACUGCCACCUCACCAUCAACAUCAACACGCAUGUGACGCAGAAACGGAAGAACAUCGCCACGCAUGUCUAUAGGUGGCUUCUGGAGAUGCACCGGAUCAAAGAUCAUCCCGCGUCACCGCUGACGGGACUGAUCAACCCGACCCAUUUUGGCAGGCCCGACUUCGAGCAGAUACUUAACAGCCAUUAUGAGGACAUGAAGAAGAUGCGCACGAGAAACAAAGAGAUGCCGGGGCAGGACUCAAGUGGACGACUCAAGGUUGGCGUGUUCUUCUGUGGCACUCCGGUCAUUGGCGAGAUAUUGGCAGAUCAGUGCCGAAUGUUGUCGGCGAGGGGCCGUACGGAUGGGACGAAGAUCGAGUAUCAUUUCAUGAUCGAAGUAUUUGGAUGA